AUGCACCCAAUGCCCCGAAGCGUCGAUAUCCAGGAUGCUGCUGGCCAGCAAAUGCCCACUCAUGGGCUUUCGUCCUCGUCUGUGAAUCCGGUGCAGCAUGGCAACAUCCCGGAUUCUUCAGGGCAAGGGCUUGCGAACCCCCAACAGCUCCUUGGUUACAAUGAAUGGGUUGGAGGGCAAAGCCAAUUCCAAGACAUGCACACGUUCCAUCCUUCAUACAUGUUCAAUGCACAUGAAGUCACGAACGAAUACAAUCUGCUUGGAGACUUCCUGAGCAACAGUCUGCUGGAUGAUGGGGCCAUGUUCCAAAACGAUGAUCUACAGGGGAUAUAUUCCGACCCGACGUUGAUCAACUCCAUGGCUACACUCGGCGGUGGCUCCAAUGCAACCCUUCUUCGACAAGCCCAGCCUUCUCAGCCGGCUCCUAGCCACCAAAACCAGGGAGAACCCAUCCAGCAAGGCCAGAAUACCGUAGUGGGCAACGACAAAGCGAGGGAGACAUAUUACAUGACUGCAGCCGAUCCGUCGGGCUCUGAUCCUCCUGAAGAGCGAAUGAACAAACUCCUCAAAGCCAAGUACGAUGCAGGACUCCUGCGGCCUUUCAACUAUGUCAAGGGUUAUGCGAGGUUGAACCAGUACAUGGAAAAACAUCUGCAACAACCCUCACGCCAGAAGAUUCUCCGGCAACUAGACAAAUUCCGGCCCAAGUUUCGAGAGAGGAUGCAGAGUCUUACUGACAUCGAACUGAUCCUGGUGGAGAUGUGGUUCGAACGAAGUUUGAUGGAAUAUGAUCGCGUUUUCGCCAGUAUGGCUAUCCCUGCAUGUUGUUGGAGACGAACUGGCGAAAUCUUCCGGGGGAACAAGGAAAUGGCAGAACUAAUCGGUGUUCCGAUUGAGAACCUGAGAGACGGUAAGCUGGCUAUUCAUGAAAUAAUCGUGGAAGAUCAGCUUGUCAGCUAUUGGGAAAAAUUCGGAGCGAUUGCAUUCGAUAAUACCCAGAAAGCUAUGCUUACUAGCUGCACCUUGAAAAAUCCCGAGUCUAACUCUCCUGGUGAUGGCAUUCCAUGCUGUUUCUCAUUCACGAUACGAAGAGACAAUCACAAUAUCCCGUCACUCAUCAUCGGGAAUUUUUUACCCUCUCGGCGAAAGAGUAAAUGA